AUGGGUGACUACGGUGAGUCGGAGCCUGAAGCUUCUGUUGAUAUCCCUGGAGUUGAACAGUUGGAUGAAAAUGCGUAUGUCCGUUUUAUUCAAGACAAUAAUGCCUCCGUGAUCCUGUUUUAUAAAGACGCUGACGAUAAGUUUGAACAAGCCAAGCAAUCAUUAACAGAGGCAGCUCAGAAAAACAACAAACGGAACCAGGCUUACGGCGCAUUGAACUGUAAAGAAAACAUAUGUUUUUGUUACGACAAGAAAGUCUUUGACGAGGCACCACUGUUCCAUCUCUACUCUCACGGCAAAAUGGUGCACAGUUUCGAAUAUGACGUAGACACUAAUCACAUGAAAAAUGCCCUUGAAAAAGCUGCACAAGGAACGAAACGGAAAGGUUUCUUCAAGUCCAUGUGUUCAUGCGUUUCAAGCCAGGGAGAGGAUUGA